GAACGGAGACCUGGGAGCCCUUGGAAGGCCGGUGGCUCUCGGCAGGUGCAGUUCAGCCCAGGCCAAGGAGAUGUGGCCGUCCUCAAGCCCAGCAACAAGGUGCUGCAGGUCAGCAUCGGGCCCGGACUCCCCAAGAAUGCCCGUCCCACCCGAAGGAACACCAACCAAAGCCGGGGAUAUCCCAACCGGACGCAGCAAGGCCACAACUAUCCCACCAGGGCAGCGCCACCACCUCCCGGCGUCCACCACCAGAACGGCCUGAUCCAGGUCCCGGCGCCCCAGCGCUCCAGCCAACGCAGCCUCUACACCCCGAUGUCCCGCCCGUCUUUGCCGCAGGUUUCCUCCGUGGGUCCGGGCCAAGCCUCCCAGCCGCCAAAGAGCCUCGACUUCCUCCGGGUGCCGGAGCAGGGUGCCGCAGGGGCACGAAGGCAGACCACCAGCCGCCCCCCUCCGGCGGGAGGCCGUCCCAAGCCCAAGCCCCAGGGCCCACAGUGCCGGGCACUCUACGCCUACGACGCCCAGGACACGGACGAGCUCAGCUUCAAUGCCAACGACGUCAUUGACAUUGUCAAGGAAGAUCCUUCCGGGUGGUGGACCGGGCGGCUGCGAGGGAAGCAGGGCCUCUUCCCCAACAAUUACGUAGCCAAGCUGUGACCAGGUGGAAGAAGGAAGGAGAGGCCUCUGGCGGGCCUUGCGUUGGGACUCCCGAGCGGCAGAGCCUCGUCCCCUUCGGCGCCAGGAGUUGAGCCUGGAGCGCCUCCGCUCCUUCUCCGCGAAGCCAAAGCCCACCGAAUGCCUCGAAAAGCCCAAACCAAGGAAUUGUUAUUUAUUUUAUUUAACACUUAAAAAGAAAUCUUGCAAAGGAAGAGGAGCAUAUUUCCAAUUCCAUUCCAUUUGCCUUGUUUUAAAUUUGGAAAUGGCCAGGUGCUCUCAAGGAGGAUUUUGGAGAGACAGCUUGUGCCUUCUUCCAAGUGCCUUUUGUUGCUCUGGUGACCUUGUCAUGACAGAACGGCAUUCGAUGCACACUGCCGUGCUGGAGCACAUUUUGCUGCUGCUGCUGCCUGCCUUAGAAAUGUAGGCCUUCCUUCCCUUUCUCGAGAAAUCCGGCCCCUUCCCUGUUCCAAAGACUUCACGGGAAUCUCCUUUUGCUUUGCGACAAGGAAAGGCCCUGCAACCAAAGGUGGGAAGGAGGCCGUCUCCUGACGCUGCAAGCUGCCGGGUCAAUGUGGCUGGUCCACGUUUGCUUUAUUAUGGCUGUGCCUGUUGUUGGAGAGCAUUGCCUGCUUCGACCAAGACCCAGGCAAUGCCCGCUUGAAGGUAGGUAUGAAUGUACGCAGCGCCCGCCCGCUGCUCGUAGCCGCAAAGGCCGCCUUUGGUGAGCCAGGUACUUCCACAUCUGCACUAUCCCAAGGGGGGAGCUGGUGCCGCGAGAGCUUCCAGAAGCCUCCAUCGCAAGAGUUCUUGCUCCCCUUCUGCAUGCCACUUUAUCUGUUUCCUUCUCCUCCGCCAUCAAUAAAAAAGUCAUAGGAACUCA